AUGGCAGCAUCAAGUGCUAACGGUGUUAUCGAGCUAUUCGAGAAGUUUUUAAAGAUCCUUAAAGAAGAACAAGCGUUUGAUCAAACUGAUCGUCCUGUCAUACAAUCCCUUCAUCCCGAAGAUUUGCAGAAGGAGAUAUCAUUUUCUUUGGACAAUGAGCCAGCAAGCGAUCAGCAAAUCGAAGACGUAAUACGACAGAUUAUACGACGAUCUGUGAAAACGCCCAGUCCGCAUUUUCAUAAUGAAUUGUAUGAGGGCCUUGACGAGUAUGGAUUAGUUGGCUCCUGUUUAAUGGAAACAUUGAACACUAGCAUAGAUACUUAUGAAAACGCUCCUGUAUUUACGCUGAUCGAGAAGGUUGUGAUACAAGCGUCAUUGAAGUUGAUGGGCUUUCCAUUUCGCAGCGAUGGUAUAAUAACGCCGAAUGACACUGUAUCGAUCAUGUAUGCAAUGAUGGCCGCUAGAGGAGAAGCAUGUUCCUUGUAUCCAACUAAUAGACAGGGCUUACAUCUAACAAGUACUCCUUUAUCGUGUUUUACCAGUGAAUGUGGCUAUCACUCCGUUAUGACAGCUGCUCAUUGGUUGGGUUUUGGUACCGAAAACGUUUACACGGUAAAAACGGAUAAGUCUGGUCGCAUGGAUGUAAAUAAUCUGAAAAGAGUUUUAAAGAAAGCGUCAAUACUGAGGACACAGCCGUUUUUUCUAAACGUCACUGCCGGCACUCCCGUAUUCGGGGCUAUCGAUCCGUUGCGGAAAAUAUUCGACAUUUGUCAGACAUAUUCCUUAUGGCUACACGUAGAUGCUCGCGAUUGUGGUCCUUUGAUGUUCUCCAACAUUUUCCGACAUAGAUUACGAAGCAUUGGACGUUCGUGCUCGGUGACUUGGAAUCCGCAUAAUAUGCUCGGCGCACCAUAUCAGUGUUCUAUGAUUUUGAUUCAAAGUCGUGAUGCGAGUGUACAAUCUUAUUUAAAAACAAUAAUUAAAGACGAAAAACAUUAUACAUUUGUAUCCUGCUUAGAUACGAGUGCUAAGAGUAUACAAAACAGUAGAAAGGUCGACGCAAUGAAAUUUUGGUUAAUGUGGAAAGCUCAUGGCAUGAGCGGUUUACAGCAGUUGGUGGAUAAAGCCAUGUUCUGUGCAAAAUACUUACUGUUACAGAUUAAAAAGACCGAUGGCUUUCGCUCUGUACUGGAAAAAUAUGAUAGUACCACUGUUUGUUUUUGGUACAUACCUCCGAGCAUGCGUAAUGCAAAAGAGACUCCAACUUGGUGGGAGAGAAUAUACAUUGUCACAGUAGAAAUAAGAGAACGUUUGAUUCUGGAUGGAUCUCUUAUGAUCGAUUAUGCGUCCUUACCGCGAUCAAACCUGGGCAAUUUCUUUCGCAUAAUGGUGAAAUGUCAUCCGUCAUCCACACUAAUGUCCAUGGAUUACAUUCUUAAUCAAAUAGAAAAGGCCGGAGCUGACUUGUAA